UUUUAAACCGAAGAAAAAAGAAACAGACGACACAUCGUGCUUGUGACGUAACUGUAUUAGAAUUUGAGGUUAAAGGAUUAUUAAACUAUUUUUAACAUAAGUUUUUAUGAUACAAACUAUUGGAUUAUUAUGUUUAUACUAAGUUUACAGAUAUGUGGAAUUUCCCUUUAUUUGCAGUUAAAGUAAAUACAGUUAUUAACGAAAACGAAACUGUUGGUGUACUAGGUUAGAAUACUAAUACAUGUAGAGAUUUGUAUGUCUAAAAGAAUUUAUUCAAAAUAAAAUUACGGUAUGGGGCAAAUAAUUACUAAAAUUUAUUCUAUGACUGCUCGUGAAGUGAAAAUGGUUAAUAUUGAAAGGAGAGCAGAAAAGGUCAUUUCAAAGGACAAGCCUACUCCAGCUCCAAUGUAUCCUUCAACAAUUAAAGAACUUGACAGGUUAAAAGAAGAACAAAUUUCAACGGAGCAUCUUGAUAAGAAAGACAAACAAUUAGAUGAAUACUUAAAAAAAGUGUACGUGUCAACCCCUGACCCAGCACCCAAGUCCGAGAGGCCUGUGAACCCUGAACGCCCCCUGCCCCUGAGCAGACACACUGAUGAAGAGGUGACGUAUGGUUACAGUGAGAGUGAGGAACAACAUAUACCGCCAGGGAGGGUCUCGCUCAAGCAAGCCCUUCAGUUCAUCUCUGACAGUCAGUCCGACCCUGACAAACAUACCAGCACAGCCAUCGCUGCACAAUACAAACUGGACAUCAAUACCACAAAUGACAUUCUGGAGCAUUUCAAGAUGUUCAAUGUCCAUAUCCAGAAGAAGGAGAAGGAUCCUGCUCUGAUGUCUAAAUAUGAACAAUUGCAAUUAAAAAUAAAACACAUGAGUAUGUAUAACGCCCCGGAAGUUUUCAAAGAAAUGAAUUUACUCAAGAAGAAAACAGAUGAAAGUGGAAUUGAAAUUAAAGAAAUUAAGGACGCUGAUUCUGAUGUCGAUACGAAAAAAGAGACAAGUAGUAGUUUAAGUUCAGAAGAAAGUAAAACAAAUAGAUAGAUUGUAAUUUGCUAACGUUUAGUGUUUAUAAAUGUAUUUAUUGAAUAAUUUUAGUUAACUUCCAUUAUUAACUUGUUAUAUAAGUUUAUAAGGGAUUUGUUGAUAUUAAAUAGUUUAGAAAAAUUGAAA